CUCAUCAAGAGUACAACAAAGUCCACCACAGGAGAGCUACAGUAUUUGGUAGUUAGGUGUAAGUUAUAACUUUUAUGAACACUUUACAUUUACACUAUAAAGUUACAUGGUUGUUACCAUCUCGGCUGCGCUGGACAUGUCUGGAUAUGUGGAUAAUACUAUAUAUGAAUGUACAAUGGACACAGAAGACACAAUCGAGAGUAUUGCUGAUAUCUAUGUCACUGCUGAGACUGUAAGAGAUUUAAAACACAAGAAAGAGAAGGAGGACACUAAAACAACAACCAUCCAAUCACCUCAACAAACAGGAAGUGACCCUGUCAAGAAGAGGAGCUCCAAAGCAGCUACAGUGUGUUUGGGGCUGCUGUGUGUUCUUCUGCUGACUGCAAUCAUAGUGCUGUGUGUCAUGUAUACACUCAAGAAUGACAAUCUGACUAAAGAGCGAGACCAGCUUAAACGACAGAAAAAUGAAUUCCAGAAGAGUCUUGGUAAAGUGGAUGGAUGGAUUUACUAUCAAUCCAGUUUUUACUACAUUUCCUCUGAGGAGAAGAAUUGGAGUGAAAGCAGAAGAUACUGUACAGAGAGAGGAGCAGAUCUGGUGAUCAUUAACAACACAAAGGAACAAGAGUUUGUUGUGAACAUUACUGUUGGUAGCAAAAUCUGGAUUGGUCUGACUGACAUUGAUGAAGAGGGCACAUGGAAAUGGGUCGAUGGCAGCAUACCGACCUCUGUGUUCUGGAGGGAUACGGAGCCCGGUGGCAAUUCUGGAGAGAACUGUGCUCUUAUUGAUUCAUCAAAGUGGGCUGACUAUCCAUGUGAUUCUGAGUAUGAUAAAUGGAUCUGUGAGAAGAGCUUUGCAAAAGAGCUCAUUACAUAAAAUACAUCUUUCUUUAUGAAUGGAUAGAAAAUGUACUCUCAUGCCUGUGCUUGUCAUCAGUUUGACUACAUGUUGAUAUAAGACACACUAUAGAAGAUCUGUGCAGUUCUUGUGUAUGUGUAUUUAGCCAUUUUCUUCAAGUUUUCCGAUAGGACAGUUAUUUCUUUUUAAAGCAGCUCGUAGCUGCGGGUCGCUCAAAAUAAACACAGGAUAGUGCCACAGAGACACAGUUUUGAGAAAAUUAACAUAUGAACGGCUUACUAAUAGUUGUCUCUGCAUAAAACGUUGGGAAAAAAAGAUAAAAAAGUUGGGAUAGAAGGAUGCAUUUUAACACUGAAAAAGUUAUAUACUAUAAUCAAAAAAGCAAUGUACAUUUAAAAAAACUCUACUUACAUAAUGUCUAGAUAAAUCAACUCAAAACUGUGAUUUAUUUGGUUUCAGAUGACAUAUAAGGUUUGAGUAAGUCAAACUGUCAGAAGUUCUAUAUGGCCAUGUACACAGAUAAGUUCAGGAGCAAGGGUGUAAAGUAACGAAUUACAAAUACUCACGUUACUGUAAUUAACUACUUGUCCCCAAGAAUUAUACUUUUUUAAGUAGUUUAAAUUUUUUAUACUUUUACUUGUGUAUAUUUUAAGUGCUUUAACUGUAAUUUUACUGAGCUAUUUUCCCACCAUCUGUGUUCGCUACUUUCCUGUCCUGAUUUUAUUUUCAUCUAUUAACAUGAUUGGCUUGGGAGAGUCUCGUGACUUCAAUCAAACCGAAUCACAAAAAAAAUGGCAGCUGCAGAUCGGCGCCAACUGUGGAGAAUUCCUCAAGCACAGUUUACAGCUGAACAUAACUGGCCACACCUGAAAGGGUUUUUCACUGUGAAAAAGGCCAAUUGCUUGACUGUGUCAUGUGAGUUAAACUUCCUCAAGUCAGAUAUCAGCAUUAAUCCAGUCUCUAAUUUGAAUAAAUAUAUCAAGGUAAAUUUCAUAUUUCUGCUUAAUAAUACUAGCUGUAAUUUAUCUAUCUAUCACUGAGAUUAUUUGGCUGCUGUGAGAGAUUAAUGCAAUGUUAUCAACAGGGCUGGGCAAUAAAAAUAUCUAGAUGUUUAUCUGAAAAAAUAGAGAUGUCCUCGAUCAAACUUUUGAGUAGUUUUCUAUAUUUAGCCUACAUUCUACAUCUAGAACAGGGGUGUUCAUUACAUCAAUCAUGAUAGCAAGAGCACCACUGUUUGGUUGAUCUAGAUGAUAUAUAAAAGAUUUACUUUUUAUUUCCUGACGUCUGUAGCUGCGCACUGUUUGAUUGACAGGCGGCUGUCACGAACCCCGCUCCUCUGCCCCAUCCCCGCUUCCUCGAGCACACACACGCGCUCCCCUUCGUCCAGCUCACGCGCACGCUCGGCUUCACCGAGCACACACACGCACUCCGCGAGCGUACUCGCUCGCUUCCCGCUCCCUCGCUCCGCCCCCUCGAGCUUCCUCACUCGUUUUGCUCCCUCGGGCUUCCACGCCCGUUUUGCUCGCUCGAGCUUGCACGCUCGUUUUUGCUCCUACGAGCUCACAUGCUCGUACACUAUCUCCCCCCUCGGGCUCACAUGCCCGCUCCCAUUCGCCAGAACAUUAUGUACACCUGCACUCGCGUCAUCUGCACUCCUGUUCAUUGCAUACACCUGCACUCGUCCCUAUCACCUGUCAUUGUUUACACCUGCACUCGUCUCUAUAAAUAUCACAGCACAUUCGUCUCCCGCUUGUUGGUUAUUGUAUUUAGUUUCCCGUGUCUUUGCCCCCCGCUAGUCUCGUCUAGUUUUGAUCUCCUCUUGUCUUCCUCUUAGCUUGCCAGCUCCCCUUGUUCCCCUGUCUUUUGCUCCCACUAGUCUCGUCAUUUUCAUCUACUGAUUCCCCGGCUUCGACCUCACGCUCCCUUUGACUACUCUUCACUGGAUUUGCCCUUUUUGUGUACUUUGCACGCUUUUGUUCUAAUAAAGCUGU